AUGAAGAAGAAACCCACUGGCAAACGUGCAGAGAAUGAGCUUGUUACGUUCAAAAGGGACACGGAUUGUGCUUAUGUGAACAAAGUUGAACUGGAAGCCAAGGUGGAGCCCCUUGUCCAAGAGAUCACCUCCCUGAGGAGCCUGUAUAAAGUGUAUGAGGAACUGAGAGAAACCACUAGCAAACAUGAUGACAGCUUGCAUAACACAAAGAAUCAAAUUGUGGAGCUGAAUUCGGUGAUUCAGAGACUCACGGGAGAAUGUGAAAACACCAAAGUCCAGAGAUACAAACUGGAAGGAGCUAUUGCUGAGGAGCUCGGGGCAGGGGUUGGUGAGGACGCAAAGUGCAAAGUCUCUGAGCUGGAGGUGUCCUGGCAGCUGGCAAAGGAGGACACGGCCUGUGAGUACCAGGAGCUGAUGAACAUCGAGCUGGCCCUGGACAUGGAGAUCAUGACCUACAGGAAGCUGCAGGAUGGAGAGGAGAGCGGCGCUGCCUCAUGUCAUUGGGGUGGUGGCACAGGCUACUGUGGUUUGGGUUCCUUCAGCAGCAGAAGUCCUGAUGCCAUCACGCAUUUCAGGCCCAGAAUAGUUGUUGGAAGAUGUUCUCCUCCGAGAUGUGGAUAUGGCUUUGGUGCAGCUGACACAGGGUUUGGCUACAGAGGUGCUGGCUUUGGCUACGGAGUUGGUGGAGUCUCCAUGCCAUGCACCAUCACACCCAUCACCAUCAACAAGCAACUUCUCCAACCGCUCAGACUGGGACUCGAUCCCAACAUGCAGAUGGUGAAGUACCAAGAGAAGGAGCAGAUCAAGACCCUCAACAACAAAUUUGCUUCUUCCAUUGAGAAGGUUCGAUUCCUGGAACAGCAGAACAAGGUGCUAGAGACCAAGUGGAAUUUUCUGCAGGGACAAAACCACUGCAGGUCAACCAUCACACCCAUGUUGGAGGCUCAUAUUGGUAAUCUGAAGAAGGAGCUGGAAGCACUGGGGUGCAACAGAGCCCAGUUAGACACAGACCUGAAAGCUGCACAGCAGGUUUUGGAAACAAACAAGAAAAUGUACAAGGACGAAUGCAGCCAGCGGACGUGCACCCAGAGUGAGUUUAUUGCCCUGAAGAAGGACGCAGACUGUUUUUCCUUAAACAAAGCAGAGCGGGAAGCCAAGGUAGAAAGCCUGAAAGAAGAGGCUGAAUUCCUGAGAAUGUUCUGUGAAGAGGAAAUCCACCAGCUGCGGGCCCAGAUCUCAGAUACUUCGGUGGUCGUGUGGAUGGACAACAGCCGAGAUCUUGGCUUGGAGGCACCACUUGAGGUCGAGGCUCAGUACGAGGACGCUGCCCGGCAGAAGCGCAGGCCUGGGAUGAAAGGAAGGCAAGAAUGUCUUUUGGGGUUUUUUUUGCUCGAGGAGUUGCAAGUCACUGCAGGCAGAAGCGCUGACAGCCUGCGAGAGACAAAAACAGAAGCUGAGCUGACAUGGACAGCCCAGAGACUGAACGGAGGAGUGAGGAGUGCCAAGGCCCAGGGGAGCACAGCCAGGCUGGAAGCUGCCGUGGCUGACACUGAGCAGGGUCGGGAAACGACCGCCAAGGAUGCGAAGCACAAACUGUCCGAGCUGGAGACAGCCCUGCAGCAGACCAAGGCGGACCUGUCCCGGCAGCUCCGUGAGUACCAGGAGCUCAUGAACAUCAAGCUGGCCCUGGACGGCAAGAUCGUCACCUACAGGAAGAGUCUGGAGGGUGAGGAG